AUGGGGGCCAAGUCGUCAAAGGACUUUGCAAACGAGGAGUUGAGCAGGAGGACGACGAUGACGAAAAGGACUGGGGGGGUCAGGGAGGGGAGUUUUUCCUCAAUCCGAAAGCAGGCCACCACGCACUUUGGGUACAGCAUCCUGAGCCUGGCCAUGCGCGGGCUGGCCGAGGCUCCGGACGAGCUGUGGGAGCUGACCGAGCUGGAGAAGCUCAACCUGUCCCUCAACUGCCUGUCUGCCCUGCCGCCCAGUGUCGGUGCCCUGGAGAACCUGGUGGUGCUCAACCUGUGGGGGAACCAGCUGGCCAGCCUGCCGCCCGAGAUCGGGCUGCUCAAGAACCUGCGGGUCCUCUUCGCCUACCGCAACCGGCUGAGCGAGGUGCCUGCGGAGCUGAGCGCCUGCACCAAGCUGGAGGUGCUCAGCCUGGCCAACAACGAGAUCGCGGGUCUGCCGGGGAGCCUGUCGGCCCUGCGCCGCCUCACCAAGCUCAACCUCAGCCACAACCGCAUCAUGCACAUCCCCGCCUGCGUCUACGGCAUGAAGGGCCUGGUCUUCCUGCACCUGGCCUGCAACCGCCUGGAGAACAUCGCCGACCAGAUCCAGGACCUGGUCAACCUCAAGAUCCUCAUCGUGGAGGGCAACCGCAUCCACGCCCUGCCCAAGACCCUCUGCUCCCUCACCUCGCUCGAGCUGCUCAACGUGGACUUCAAUGACCUCCAGAGCGUUCCCAUGGAGAUGUACCUGCUGAGGAGGCUGGAGAAGCUGGCCUGCCACCCGCUGGACAAGGGCCUGCACAUAGUGCACAACCCCCUGCUGAAGCCCAUUAAAGAGGUCCUCCAUGGUGGACUCAGUGCUCUCUACACUUAUCUGAAGCCAGCAUGA